AUGAGUCUCCAAAGUCAGAGACAUCGCUUUCAGAGUGAUGAUGAUGAUGAAGGAAACAUCCCUGUCAGGGCGUGGCCAAGCCAGUCCAGCCUCCGCAGCAAUGACGAGCUUCUUAAGGAGCGUCCAGCGUCCUCAGCCAGUCAGACCAGCACAGUGGUCAAUGAGCGGCUUCAGGAGCUUGUCCGGAUGUUUAAAGAGCGGACGGAAAAGGCCAAAGAGAAACUCAUUGACCCAGACAGCUCGGAUGAAGACAGCACCAUUCCCUCUCCUCCUCAGGUUUCGGCUCCACCACCUGCUCCUGAAGCCCUGUCACAAGUAGAGGGUGAAAGGGAGGCACAAGCUGGUCCAUCAGGAGGAGAGACUGAAGUUGAGGAGGGACAGGCUGGUGGCUGCUGCAAGGUGAAAACUCCUCGAUGGAUCCGAGCCUGUUUGCAUUACCACUUCCCUGCCAGCAUCGACCCUUUCACCAAUGUAAUGUACGUGCUGUGGAUGUUUUUGGUUUCUCUGGCCUGGAACUGGAACACUUGGUUGAUCCCGGUGCGCUGGGCUUUUCCCUACCAGACCCCAGACAACAUUUACUAUUGGCUGCUGACUGACUACCUGUGUGACUUCAUCUACAUCCUGGACAUCACUGUCUUCCAGCCACGUCUACAGUUUGUUCGUGGAGGUGACAUCAUGUCUGACAAAAAAGAGAUGAGAAAGAAUUACAUCAAAACCAAACGCUUCAAAUUUGAUGUUGCCAGUCUUGUUCCACUGGAGCUCUUCUAUUUUAAAACUGGCAUCAACCCUCUUCUUCGCUUACCCAGGCUGUUAAAAAUCAACUCCUUCUUUGAGUUCAACGAGCGUCUGGAGGCUAUCUUGACCAAAGCCUACAUCUACAGGGUGAUCCGGACCACCACCUACCUCCUUUACUGUCUCCAUUGUAAUGCCUGUCUUUACUACUGGUGCUCUGCCUACAUUGGUUUGGGAAACACCACUUGGGUGUACAACGGAGAGGGCAACAGUUACAUUCGCUGUUACUACUUUGCGGUGAAGACCCUCAUCACCAUUGGAGGUUUGCCAAAUCCCACCAGCCUGUUUGAGAUGGUCUUCCAGCUCAUCAAUUACUUUGUUGGAGUCUUUGCCUUUUCCAUCAUGAUAGGGCAGAUGCGUGACGUGGUUGGAGCAGCUACAGCAAGUCAGACGUACUACCGCACUUGCAUGGACAACACUAUCAAAUACAUGUCCUCCUAUCGCAUCCCCAAAGACAUCCAGAACCGUGUCAAAACCUGGUACAAUUACACCUGGCAAUCGCAAGGCAUGCUGGACGAGCAGGAGUUACUGAUGCAGCUGCCAGAUAAAAUGCGUCUGGACAUCGCCAUAGAUGUUAAUUACUCUAUUGUGAGCAAAGUCCCUCUUUUUCAGGGUUGUGACAGACAAAUGAUCUUUGACAUGCUGAAAAGCCUACGCUCUGUUGUUUACCUGCCGGGAGAUUAUGUCUGCAAAAAGGGAGAGGUGGGUCGGGAGAUGUACAUCAUAAAGGCAGGAGAGGUGCAGGUGGUUGGAGGUCCAGAUGGCAAAACCGUGUUUGUCACUCUGAGAGCAGGAUCUGUAUUUGGAGAGAUUAGCCUGCUUGCUGUAGGUGGAGGUAACAGGCGCACAGCAAAUGUGAUAGCUCACGGCUUUGCUAAUCUCUUCAUCCUGGACAAGAAAGACCUGAACGAGAUCUUAGUUCACUUCCCAGAGUCUAAGAAACUGCUGCGCAAGAAAGCCAGGAAGAUGCUCACAAAGGGAAAGAAAUCUGAGCCCAAAGAAGAGGCAAAAGAACUACCUCAAAUCCAGACGGACCUUGUGAGGCCUCAGACCCCCAAACUUCUGAGAGCAGCCUUAGAGAUGACAGAGAAAUCAUCUGGACUGAAAGAAAAUCUCGCAAAAGUCAAAGAGAAGAGCAUUAGGUCGAGUGUCUCAUUACAGCCCUCCAUCGCGCCCUCCCUGCUACAUCCAUCUUCCACCUCCAGCUGUGCACCUGACAGAGAUGCAGACACACUAUCGCCCAUUUCUGCCAGCUCCACAUCACUUUGCUCUGCUUCCCGUUGCCACAACAACAGUUCAGUGAUGCCUCACUCUUCUUCACAGUGACACAUGAAAUAUGCAACCAAAGAAGGUAAAUUGAGAGCUGCAACAAUGCCCCUUGACCAUAAAAACAGGGUAG